AUGUCUCAUGCUCGAUCGCCGUCACAAUCGGCACCGUACUGGGGCGAGCUACCCCCGCCCAGGAUCCACCAGCACGGCCAGCCGCCGUCGCUCGAAGGGGCUGCUCCUCGAACCAAGCGCGGCUCUGUGCAGACCGCUAUAAGUGCUGAUCCCACCGAGUCUACACAGAGUCCAUAUGCCACACCCACGCGCUCAAGUUUUGGCGGCGCCUACGGUCUAGCUCCCAGACCUCCCUCACUCCCGUAUGGAGCGGACCAGUACCCAGCUGAACCCGCCGAGAAACGCCAGCGCCGCGGGAGUCGACAGCAGGAACUAGACGGGCAAACUCCCGCCGACAGCCUUGAAUCUUCUCCCAAUCCUCCAUCCGCCUUCUCUCCGACGUUCAGAUCCGGAACAAUGCCUUCUUCGCCUGGUGCUCCAGCAGUGCUCAACCCUGGCCCUGCGCGCCGCAGAGGACCGCCUAACCAAACGGGGAUGGAACCGGAGGAUUACCGCGAACCAAACGCCCUUCCAGGUCGCCACCAGAGUCAAAGAAAUGGUUCAUAUGACUCUACCGCAACAUCAACGUCUCGCUCAGGACCGGCUGCCAGCAUUGAUACCAAUGUUGCCGGGCAUAAGAAAAAGUUCGCAAAUGAUCGUUCGCCACUACAGAAGCUUGAGCUGACGCUCGACAGCAUCACAAAGGAGGAGAAACGUGCCCGCGUGGCAGCUGCCGAGGAGCGCGCUCGCCAGAGAGCCCUUGGGGCUGCCGCCGAGGUUACUGGCUCCGACCACCCGCAGCGCAGCGCCGCCGAGCCUCAAGGGCGACAGGUGCAGCAAGAGCCUAUAGCGAUGCACAGGGGUCCUCUGACCCAGAACCCACCCGAGGAUGGUUCUUUGCCCGAGCCUAGAGUGCCGGCUCCGCCGCCAGCAGGGCAUGGCACUUCGGACCUUCCGAAGCGCAACCUCAGCUUCCGAGAACGUACGGUGAAUCGUAACGACUUGAAUCUGCCCGAAGUAGGCGAAAGGCCACCUGCGAUACCGCCCAAAAUUCCAAUCGUUAGGAGCGGCAGCAACAAGCUGCGCAAGCAACCUCCUGGCGAGCGCCAUCAACGGAAAACAUCGAUGUCUCAGCCACCAGGUGGCGACCGGGAAGAGCCCAGGUUUGUGCCACAAAAAGGCCCAUCUGUGCGUAUUGAUGCGCCGCCCAGUCCCCCAGACUACUCGACUACAGCUGGUUCUCAGCCGGCGCAAAAGAGGUCACCCCAUCCCUCGGGCGGUAACGUCUCUCCGCAGAACAAGGAAGUUUUGUCACAAAGCGGCCCUCCACAGCGAACUCGGUCAGGCAAGUUGGUCAAGGCGCCAAGCCUGAGAAACAAACCUCAUCGGGAAGGCGAAACGGGCCACUAUACUCCUCCUGGUCCAUCAGAUGAUGUUUCUGGUAGAGAACAGGCGCCGGUCACCAAGGGCCCUAUUGGGUUUGCAGGCACUUUGGGUCCACCAGCUGCUAUAGCCGCGACUAGGCCGGCGCCUGCUCACGUCCAGGCCGCAGAUGACGAUAGUGAUGACAACGAAGACGACGACGAGUCUGUUUCAAGUGAGGAAGGCCACUUUGCGAGACUGACAUUUACCAAUCGGGAAAGCUUCAAGCCAGGACAGGGAUUGUUCCAAAAGACGAAGUAUCUUGACGAGUGGAGCAAGGCAACGGUUGGUACACUUUCUGGAGAGUUGUUGGACCUCGAUAGUGUGAAGGAGAAACCGGCAGACAAGAGCCAGGCUUGGUGGGAGACUCCACCAUCCAAGCGACGCGGUUCGACGUCGUCGCGUCCCAGGAAGGCGGAGGCCUUCGACGGUGAAUAUGAUGAGACCAACGCCCCGACGAGAUUCAAACCACCGCUCUACCUCAAAUGCGGCCCUCUUCUUCGGUACAGUGGCAUUCGCAUUGAGCGUGGGAUAUCCCGGUCCGCGCGGGCCGUCCCGGCACCAGACAGGGAAAUUUGGCGGGGAAGCAUUCUGAUUGUAACCCAUGACGACGAAUCUUCCUACGAGAUCGCACCGACACUGCGUCUUUUCGCUCAGCCUAUCGAACUGCUACCCCCGCCACCAGAGCUUGUGAGUGACGAGCAAGGUCUGGCACCUGAGCAUGUUGAUCCCAUCGCCGGCCACCCAAAGCUUGGUAGGAGAGGCGAGACGCUUUACGUGCGUCCGAUUGACCACCUGGAGGAAGCCAAAGAUCUCUCGAGGGAUGAGACGGAUAGUGGCCUCUUUGAAAAGACCCGGAGCCCACCCGACUACCCACUGGAAGAUGGGCUUACGGAACCCCAUGGUUCGUUUGCUGCUCGCCGGCAACGAGCGAAGUUGGACGGUGAAAAGUUGGACAGGUACAAGGAUGUACGUGGCUUUCGAUUACAUGCCGAAAGGGGCUGCACUUUCUGGCGCUUCAACAUCGAGGUUGAGCUCAAGGAUCGCGAGCAGCGGAUCGCCUACCGCAUAAACCGCGGCCCCUCGACUGGCUUCUGGGUGCCGGCGAAGGGCCAAUCGAUGAACAUCAUGUUCCACAGCUGCAACGGAUUCAGCGCGACUGUGAACCCGAAUGACUUGAGCGGGCCGGACCCGAUGUGGCGUGAUGUACUGAACACGCACCAGGCGCGUCCUUUUCAUGUCAUGGUAGGUGGUGGCGACCAGCUCUACAUGGACGCCGUGAUGCGCGAGACAAAGAUAUUCAAAGAGUGGACCGACAUGCGUAACCCGAUCCAUAAGCACAAUGCCCCAUUCACACCACAGCUGCAGGAUGAGCUUGAGGCCUACUUCUUGGAGCGAUACAGCAUGUGGUUCUCUCAGGGCUUGUUUGGCAUGGCGAGCUCGCAGAUUCCCAUGGUGAAUAUUUGGGAUGAUCAUGAUAUUAUUGACGGUUUCGGUUCGUACCCUCAUCACUUCAUGUCAACGCCUGUCUUCUCUGGCCUGGGCAACGUUGCAUUCAAGUAUUAUAUGCUAUUUCAACACCAGAGCGUUCCCGAUGAGACCGAGGCCGUCGAACCGAGCUGGGCGUUGGGCACCAAGCCCGGACCUUAUAUUGCCGAGCAGAGUCGGAGCGUAUACAUGUCCCUGGGCGGAGAUGUGGCCCUUUUAGGCGUCGAUGGCAGGACCGAGCGAACCCACGACGAGGUCAUGAGUGAUGAGUCCUGGCAGAAGCUCAUGGAUCGGUGUUAUGAUGAGAUUGUCAAGGGACGAACGAAGCACCUGCUUGUGCUGCUUGGCGUACCGAUCGCAUACCCCAGACUUGUCUGGCUGGAGAAUAUCUUGACAUCACGGCUAUUUGAACCCGUCAAGGCGUUGGCGAAGAUGGGUCUCAUGGGUGGCCUACUAAACAGAUUCGAUGGCGGCGUUGAAGUGCUUGACGAUCUCGAUGACCACUGGACAGCGAAGCACCACAAGAAAGAACGCAAGAUCAUCAUGGAGGACCUCCAAGAUCUUGCCGCUGACCGCAGUGUUCGCGUGACCAUUCUCUCAGGCGACGUACACCUCGCAGCUGUGGGUCAGUUUUACUCAGAUCCAAAGCUCGGCAUUGCGAAGCAUAAAGACUUUCGUUACAUGCCCAACAUCAUCUCGAGCGCUAUAGUCAAUACCCCACCACCGGAUAUGCUGGCUGAUGUGCUGAACAAGCGCAACAAAGUGCAUAUUCUAGACAACGAAGAUGGUGAGAAGAAGCAGACGUGGGAAGACAUGAUUCCUUUGUUCAGUCAUGGCGUGGACGGCAAGCCCAGGAACAACAAGCGUCUUCUUCCACAUAGAAACUGGUGCGCCAUCAGGCACUACGUGCCGGGGGACACGCCGCCGCCAUCACCUGGGAUCGAGGAAUGGGUGGACCCUAUCGGAACGCCGCCUAAGGGCGGAAUAAUGCGGCGGUUGUCCAAGAAGCGUCCUGCAGAGGUAUCACGCCCACCCGUAUCAGGGGCAGGUGGGCUCUUUCGAACGUUUUCGCGCAGCGAGCGUGCUUCAGCCGACGAUGUCGGACCCCGUCCGCCUCGGCCACAGGGGCCAACUCGAACUUUGUCCCUUACUCGAGGCGAUUUCCCGUCUGACAAGCCUUCCGGUGGCGGGAUAGGAGGGCUUUUGCGCAGACUGAGCGGCAGGGGCAGGAAACCUACAGUCGACAAAGGCAAAACCACCGAUGAUGGUGGAAUCAACGGGCAGUGGGGGUACUCGAGUGACGAGGAUGAUCAAACCAGCAACAUACCCCGCGCCGCCGCGAAGAGGCUUGGAUUAAGGGGUGGCGGUGCAACAGGAAGAAGUCACAACUACGACAUAGGGAACAGUUCGGACGAGUAUUAUGAAGGAGACGAGUCGUACUUUACUGCACAGCCAGUGCAUCGAGACGCGCGCCCGCCGCGACCCAUGGAACCUACAGUCCAGGAUUUGCAGCCGAAACCUCUACACCGCACACCAACAUCCAUGACGGCCAAGCAACGUAAACAGGGAGGCAGUCUCGAUGUCAACCUCGAGGACGCUCUCAUGGUCACUCUAAACGUGGAAAUUAAUGCCAAGGACCCUGCGGGGAUAACGACCCCUUAUCGUCUUCUUGUCCCAAGGCUUUUCUAUGAGUAUUCGGACGAUCCUCCAGAAGAACCUCUCACAGAGCCAAGUGGGAUCAAGCGAUUGCUGUCUUUGAAAAGGAACAAGUCAGAUCCCGUAAGAACCGGCGGUGGUGGAUUAGAAAUGACUGGUGCACGGGGACCUCCUCCGGCAGUCUGA